AUGGAAGCCAGAUUGGAGCGAGCUGGGCAGAAGAGGCAAGUACUGUUUCUCUGUAUGUUUCCGGGAGUGUCUUGGGCUGGCGCAGAGCCACUUCAGUAUGUCGUGGCAGAGGAGACCGAGAGGGGCACCUUUCUGGCCAAUCUAGUGAAUGAUUUGGGGUUGGGCGUGGAGGAACUGUCAGCCCAGGGAUCUAGACUUGUUUGGGACCAGAAUGUACGUAUCUGACUGCUCCAUGAGCGUACUGGUGACUUGUUUCUGAAUGAGAAACUGGACCGAGAGGACCUGUGUGGCUCCACAGAGCCCUGUGUACUGCCUUUACAGUUGUUGGAAAGGCCCUUUCAGAUUUAUCGUGCUACACUGCAAGUCAGGGACAUCAAUGAUCAUUCUCCAGAAUUUCUAGACAGAGAGAUCCCCUUGAAAAUAUUAGAAAGUACCACUACAGGGGAGAGGUUUCUGUUAGAAAGGGCUCAGGAUUUGGAUGUUGGAAGGACCAGUCUGAGUAACUAUACCAUCAGCCCCAGUGCCUACUUCCACAUUAAAGUGCGUGAUGGAGAGGGGAUGAUAUUUCCUGAAUUGGUACUAGAUCAAAUGCUGGAUCGUGAGGAGAUGGCUGAAUUCACUUUAACUCUCACUGCCUGGGAUGGUGGCUCUUUGCCCAGAUCCCGAACAGCCCAGGUGCGAGUCUUAGUGGCAGACAUAAAUGACAACUCCCCUGAAUUUGAACAUUCGCUCUACCAGGUUCAGUUACCAGAGAACACUUCCAUUGGAUCCUUGGUAGUUGCUUUGUCCUCUCGGGAUUUAGACACGGGAAGUUAUGGGGAUAUUGGCUAUGGAUUUUUUAACGCGACUAAGAAUUUCAAAACAUUUCAAAUCAAUUCAACCUCUGGCAGUCUUCAUCUUAAAGGCAAAUUGGAAUAUGAAGAAAUUCAAACGUAUUCUUUAACUAUUCAGGUCAAAGACGGUGGAGGACUUUCUGGAAAAUGUACUGUGGUUGUUGGGGUCAUGGAUAUAAAUAAUAAUCCACCAGAAAUUCUCAUGUCACCACUUACGACCCCAAUUGCAGAAAACUUGCCAGAAACAGUCAUCACUGUUUAGGAUAGAGAUUCAGGGAAUAAUGGGGAAACAGUGUGUUCCAUCCAGGAUGAUCUUCCAUUCUUCUUGAAACCAUCUGUAGAAAAUUUCUACAUCCUGGUAACGGAACAUGCACUGAGCAGAGACGAGUACAACAUCACCAUCACCGUCUCAGAUAUGGGCACACCCAGGCUGAAAACGGAGCACAACAUAACAGUGCAGGUGUCCGACGUGAACGACAACGCCCCAGCCUUCAGCCAAACCUCCUACACCCUGUUGGUCCCAGAGAACAACAGCCCCGGCCUGCACAUAGGCACAGUGAGCGCCACAGACACAGACUCAGGCACCAAUGCCCAGAUCACCUACUCGCUGCUGCCGCCCCAGGAAGGCGACCAAGACCCGCAGCUGGCCCUCGCCUCGCUGCUGUCCAUCCACGCGGACAGCGGGCAGCUGUUCGCCCUGCGCGCGCUGGACUACGAGGCGCUGCGGGCCUUCGAGUUCCGCGUGGGCGCCGCCGACCGAGGCUCGCCCGCGCUCAGCAGCCAGGCGCUGGUGCGCGUGCUGGUGCUGGACGCCAACGACCACGCGCCCUUCGUGCUCUACCCGCCGCACAACGCGUCGACGCCCUGCACCGAGCUGGUGCCCAGGGCGGCCGAGCCCGGCUACCUGGUGAGCAAGGUGGUGGCGGUGGACGGCGACUCGGGCCAGAACGCCUGGCUGUCGUACCAGCUGCUCAAGGCCACGGAGCCCGGGCUGUUCGGCGUGUGGGCGCACAACGGCGAGGUGCGCACGGCCCGGCUGCUGAGCGAGCGCGACGCGGCCAAGCACCGGCUGCUCGUGCUGGUCCAGGACAAUGGCGAGCCGCCGCUGUCGGCCAGCGUCACGCUGCACGUGCUGCUGGUGGACGGCUUCUCGCAGCCCUACCUGCCCGUGGCCGAGGGCGCGCGCGACCCGGCGCCGCCCGACGCGCUCACUGUCUACCUGGUCAUCGCCCUGGCGUCCGUGUCUUCGCUCUUCCUCUUCUCUGUGCUCGUGUUGGUGGCGGUCAGGCUGUGCAGGAGGAGCGGGGCGUCCUCGCUGGGUGGCUGCUCUGUGUCCGAGGGCCACUUUCCUGGACACCUGGUGGACGUCAGCGGGGCGGAGAUGCUGUCCCACAGCUACCAGUAUGAGGUGUGUCUGACUGGAGGGUGGGGGACAGCCAAUAAGUUUAAAUUCCUAAAACCAAUUUUCCCCAACCUUCUACCCCAUAGCACAGGAAGAUAA